UGUCAUGUUCGAAACCAGCUAAGCUCUCUCUCUCUCUAGAGGUUUGAGAAAGUGCAACAGAAUCGCUUCCACCUAUAAAGAAAAUCAAGCCACUCCUACCACCACACUAAAAUACUUGCCGUAGCCAACUCUCCCUUCUCAGCUUUCCUUCUCUCCAUCUCUUCCUUCCUUAAGAGUAUCAUCGCUGCAGCAAAACAUGCUUGUGUCGAUGUUGUAUCCAUCUCUCUUGUUGAAAUACAAGGUUUUCUUCUAGAGAGAGAUAAGAGGGAGAAAAAAUAGCAGCUUUGGAGGCAAGGAGGAGAAGGAGAAGAAUAUAAUAUGGGUCGUCGUGGUGGGUCGUUGAGGGUCUUCCUUAGGUCUCUUGCAUUUGUUAGUUUUAUUGGGUUUUUGUUGGUUGAGAUCCAAGCAAGUGAAGGUUCCAAAACAACAACAACAACAACUGUUACUUCUCCAGCAGGAAACUUCAAGCAAUUGGAGGUGAUAGGAACAGAUAGCCAAGUUGUUCAUCCAGAUUUAGACAUCAAUUACAUGAGCAAGAGAAGGGUUCCUAAUGGCCCUGAUCCCAUUCACAACAGGAGAGCAGGGAAGUCUAAACAGCCACCAGGCCGAGCUUAGGCUUAGAUGAUGGAGAAGCUAGCUUCACUUGUGUAGUAGAAGAUUUGCAAGAUGCCUGCCAUCUUGUAUGUUUUUUUGAAAUGGGAUUAUAACUUUUUCAUACCAUUAGAAAAAUCUUAAUUUGCAGAGUGAAAGUACACAAAUUGUUAUUGCAAGGGAGGAGGUGAAGGAAAGCUAAGCUUAUCACUUACAAAGUACACUUAAAAGAAUCCCGAGAGAGAUUAAACCACCUUUGCAGACCCCACUUUAGUAUUCCCUAUCCUUCUAAACUUGAGAGAGAGAGAGAGAGAGAGAGAGAGAGAGAGAGAGAGAUUCAUGAAUUGGGAAAUGAGAUUAUCUUUACUUUGCUCAUGUAAAGACCAAACAAGUAGAUACUACAAAAAGAGAAGUAGAGAUGGAACACAACCCAAGAAAAGUUCUAGUAGCCAUACAUGAUAUGAGAAGGUAUGUAAAACAAUCUCCAUCAUCCAAUCAAUCAGCUAUCUUUGGCUUUGGUGGCUUUGGUU